UUUGGUUUUGCGUUUGGUUUCUUAUGAAAGCCAAGUUAUUCCCUCCUCUUAUUCUUCUUCGCCCAAGGAACACAUUGGUUCAAUGGAGAACAACAUGUCUUCUUCUAGUUCAUGGAGUCCAGAUAGCUCUAUCAGUCUCCACCAAUCUCUUUGGCUUCAGACAACUUUAUCAGAAAUGGACAAGAAGAUGAAGGCCAUGCUGACGCUUUUGGAAGAAGAUAAUUCUUCAUCCAAAAUAGUUGAGAUUCAGUGCACAAGAAAAUCAGAACUCAUACGAAUGCUUGAAGAUUUCAACAGGUCUUACCGUUCACUGGCAGAACAGCAUGAUCAGUUGAGGUGUAAAUCACAUUAUGUCCUUCGUUCAGGGUCUUCAUCUUCAUCUUCUAACUCCAGAAAAAUCAGACAAAUCAGUGACAACCAGAAAAGAGUGGCAGAAAGCUUCAAUGAUCCUAAACUGGCAGCAUUUGAUUCCCACUCUGAUUCUAUUAUCGGAGAUCCAGAUGCUGAAUGUGAUAUUGCUAAUUUUGAUUUUGACAUUGAAUACCUGAACAGGCUAGCAGACGAAUUGUUGUCAACUGAACAACGCAAGAUGAAUCUGGAAACAAAAAUUAUAUUUGAAGACAAAGAAAUGGAUCAAGAAACCACAGAGUCCUCCAACAAAGAAGAGAUCAAGAUGAAUGCCUCUGAAUUGGGUCGAGCUACAACUAGAGAUUUUGCAACGGAUAUUUAUAGAUGGGAGAAUACAUGGCCUGAGAUAAAAAUUCAAGUCACAAAGCUAAUGGUGGAGAAUCUGCAGCAGAAGGCUGAGUUGCUAAAAAGAAAUCAACAAAAGAGAAAAACCAUUAAUCGGCUCAGGGAAGAAAUUGAACGUUUAAAGAACGAGAACCGGACCCUCCAGAAUUAUACCAAGUUCUCAAAAGUUGAAUUGAAGCGUAGCCAAUCACAGAUGUCAAGAUUAAGUGAAUCAAUUUUCAGUAAGUUUUUCAAGGUAGGUUGCUCAUGAUUUGGCAAUCUUCACUUUUAUGAAUUAAUAAUUGAGAAGAGCAAGCCCCAUCUCAAAAGAUUUGUAGUCCGAACAAGUUCUUCUGAGAAAGAUCUUCAUGAAACUAUGCAUCAUC